UUGAAGACAGAACCGAAGGCACACAAAAAAGACUUCGACAACUUUUCUUUCUUAUCAUCAUCACCAUGUCUGCUCCUGCUGAAACGAUCAAAGAGAGCGCUACUGAGGCUGAGAUCCCUGUAGCCGAGGCCACAGCUGUCGGUGGCGCCGCCUCUGCUCCCGUGGAGGCGUCUACGGGCAUUAUAACUGUGGAUCUGGAAGUGGGUGCCACGGACACCUAUGACUUUUCCGGAAGUCCGGUUCAGGUUCUCAACGUAGAGGGUGCCAAGGCGGGCAUGUAUGUUCAUUCCAUCCAAGUCGGUCCUGAUCUAGAAGUGUCUCAUAUAACAGACGCUGCCAGAGUGAAGCAACUCUUGGACAGCAAUGCCCAACUUACACGACAAUUGCGUUUGUCGCCAAACAAGACACCCUUGAACCAGACGGAUGGUUUCUACUAUACUGUCACACUUCCCACACCAGCAUCCCUAGAAGCCUUACAAAUGGAGAUCAAAGGAUUCCCUCCUGUAGUGGUCAAUGUCUCUGCCAACUCUCCAUUGGCAGGGAAAAUUCAUCCCCGACAAUUUGUGGCCGAACUUCGAAUUCCAGGAAAACCCCAAUUGAAUGGCAAAAGCCCAGGAUUUACCGCUUACAAGGUGGAACAAGAGCUAAAGCAAGCAGCAAACACUCCAGGUAUUCAAAUUGUAUUCAAAGAGGUCUUGGUCAAUGUCAAACUCGACAAAGGAUCCGAGGUGGCAUGUGAUGAUUGUGUCAUCUUGUAAGAGAAAAUCAAUCAGAGGCGUGCCGUUGGGACGGGGAUAUUUUGUGAUGACAAGCUCCGCCCAAUAGUAAUACAGCACAAGGGCGUCGUGGUCAAUGGAUGAACCGAGAAGGUACCGUAUGGUAGCAUAAGAACUGAUUUUCUGUACCGAAAGCUGGGCUUGAAAUUUGCUACAACUGCAAUGGCAAAGCUCUGCAUAUUUUUAUUAAAAGGUUGUACUCUAUAUAUUUAGAGGAACAAACUUUGAGUUUCGAACUAUCCUUGCAAAGUUAUUUCUCGGGACCAGGGAUUGUCAUAGUCUUAUCUUCAACCUAUCCAGGGACAGAUGUUGGGGUGCUUUGGGCAGCCGACCGAUGAUCCGUGCAGGUGAUUUGGUCGCCCACGCAGUGUAAUCUCAAAGCUCUACCGUACUUCAUCACCCAUGCGCAUCCCACAAACAUCCAAAUACUUUCCUUUCCAGUGUUUUAGUAUGGCCCUACUCGACUGAUAUACUACACUGUACUUCAGAUUAGAUUGACCUUUGUAUGGACAUUGUACAGCAGGAAAGGAAGCAAGCACCGGCCAUUCCUUGUGGUGAAUGCACGUGGUCCUGGAAGUGCAUUUGCAUCCUCAUCGUCAUUGUCAACAAAGUUGCCUUUGAAGUCUGGGUCACUCCAGCAUCCACUUGAUUCCUUUUGGGCUAUGGUAUGGUACGGUAUCUCGGGUUUUGCCUGUAGGUGGGCAUGCUGGAGGCUUCGCUGGCUUCGGUAAAUCGAAUCAAUCGAAGAUUUAGUCGAUCAAGUGACAAGGCGAUUUUUCUUGCCACACGGCAGACUG